AAAUAAAAUAAUAUAAAUACAAAUAAAAGAGCCACCUCUUGACUAAGAGUCUCUAUCUCUCUCCUCGACCUUAUUUUAAUGACAAAGAAGCUCCUCAGAGGGACAGCUUUUGGCCUAGACCGCGACUCGAUCAUCUCCAAGUUGGUCUUAAAACUCCUUUUAUGAUCCACACAUACAGUAUUAUACAAAGGGGUUAGAAAUCGAAUCUCGUUGGUGCUUGUUUCUCAAAAUUUCUCCUCUAAAACCAUAAAAUACACAUAUCGUGGCCUGCAAUCCCAAAAAGCCUUCGUCUUUCUCGUGUUUCAGGUGUUCAUACUCGAGGCUGUGUUGUUGUUCUUCUUGGAGGCAUAGUUUAUCUCUCUAUGGGAGAAGCUCCAGCUUUUGUAGUGGAUCAUCUAGAGAACGGACACUCCAAUGGCGUUGUUGUAAAACCUGAAUAUAAAAACACUGAGAUAUCAGUUGAUUUGGGCGAUCGAACAUUCUUGAUUGGUGGAAAUCAUGAAAGGAACAAUUUUUCCAUUUGUGUUCAGAUUCAUGACAAAAACAGUGACAACCGGUUCAGUCCUGUUGUGCUUGGGACAGGUCCUAAGCCUAGCAAAGGCUACUCCGCCUUUGUUCUUAAGCAAGGUCGGAUUUUGGUUAUUAAGAAAGGUUCAACUCCUAAUGACUCCAUCUGGUUCCUCGAGGUAGAUACUUCUUACGUGAGGGAACAGAGGAAAUUACUAGGGAGAGAAGUUGUUGCUUGGAGUAAAGGCGUGAAAGGCAAUGCCGAGAAACCGAUUGUUAUAAGCGGUCCUUCUGGAGUUGGCAAAGGAACGCUUAUAUCUAUGCUUAUGAAGGAGUUUCCUUCAACGUUUGGCUUCUCAGUGAGCCACACAACUCGAUCUCCGAGGUCUAUGGAGAGAGACCGUAUUCACUAUCACUUUGCUGAUAAGAGUGUCAUGGAGAAAGAUAUCAAAGAGGGGAAGUUUCUUGAGUUUGCGUCUGUUCAUGGUAAUCUUUACGGAACCAGCAUUGAGUCCGUUGAGGUGGUAACAGAUUCAGGAAAGAGAUGUAUUCUCGACAUUGAUGUUCAAGGAGCAAGGUCUGUGAGAGCGAGUUCUCUUGAUGCGACAUUCAUAUUCGUGUGUCCUCCUUCGAUGAAAGAGCUUGAAGAUCGGCUCCGUGCUCGAGGAACGGAGACAGAGGAGCAGAUUCAAAAGCGGCUUAGAAAUGCUGAGGCAGAGAUCAAAGAAGGGAGAUCCUCGGGUAUAUUCGGUCUUAUUCUGUACAAUGACAACCUUGAGGAAUGCUACAAGAAGCUCAAGACAAUCUUGGGGUUAGACGGAGUCGAUCCUGUCAAUGGUGUGGAAAUAGAAGGGAUCGAUCUUCCCACCGAGCACACGGUAUCAAAAUUGGAAGAAAAGAUCAUUGUUCAAGAAGCAGGAGACGCACAACGGAGCAAAGUCGUGUUGGAUUUAUCUUCGCUUAAUGGAGGAGCACCGGGUAGAACAAGGGGAAUCCUUGUGGACGCCAUUGUUUUAUAAGCUGACAAAAGAGAGCGUCUUCUCUCAUGUAGAAGGCUUAUCGAAAAAACUGUUCUUUCAUUCAUUUCAUAGUGAGCAUUAUAUUCAAAGUGUUAGGAUGUUGAUGUUGAUGAUGAUGAUGAUUAUAUUGUUCGUUGUAAUCUUGAAAGAGUUGUUACAUUGAGAGUGAUAGUUAAAGAGUUUGCGGGUGUUGGUAGUUGUAGUUUUGAUUGACAAGACCUCAAAGUUGAGAUUUUUAUGUUGUAGGUUUUACACAGGAUUCAAAUUCAGAUAAAAGCAAACCUUGAACUGUG